AUGGCCCUAGAAACUGGUACACAAUAUCCAAAGGAUUCAAUGCAAUUGAAAGAACAAGUUGUUUUGGAGAAAAAAGGUGACUUCUGGAAUCGUGUGAACUUGGGGACACUUAUAGUGGAACAUAUAGCGGUUUUAUUUGCUCCUUUCUAUUUCACUUGGAAUGCAUUUUGGGUGGCAAUGAUACUGUACCUAGUGACAUUAAAUCUAGGAUUCAGUCUUAAGCUCACGAAACCACUUGAAUACUUGUUUGCUUACAUCGGACUUCAUUGUGCACAGGGAGACCCUAUGUUUUGGGUAACAAAUCAUCGUUAUCACCAUCAGUUCACAGAUUCUGUUCGAGAUCCUCAUAGCCCUAUCGAGGGGUUUUGGUUCAGCCACAUAGGUUGGGCUUUGCAUAACAACUAUCUCCGAGAGAAGGUCGGAAAAUCAAACAAUGUGAUGGAUCUAAAGAAACAAUCCUACUACUGGUUCCUUAGGAGAACAGAUCUACUUCAUCUUGUUGGAUUGGCGCUUCUUUUGUACGUCUGUGGAGGGUUACCCCACCUUAUCUGGGGAAUGGGUGUUAGAAUAGUUGCUGUGCACCAUAGCACGUUCAUAGUGAAUUCACUGUGCCAUACAUGGGGGACAAGGCCAUGGAACACUGGAGAUUUAUCCAAAAACAACUGGGUGGUGGGUUUAUUAGGAUUUGGAGAAGGUUGGCACAACAACCAUCACGCCUUCCAGUUCUCCGCUCGGGUAGGGCUGGAAUGGUGGCAGCUUGACAUUCCUUGGUAUAUUAUAAAGCUACUUGAGCACCUUGGAUUAGCAACAGAUGUCAAAGUCCCUACGGAAAUUCAGAAGCUAAAAUUAUCCGUCAAAGUUCGUAAUGCAUCUACCCAACAUGAAGAGUAG